AUGUAUGGCAAGGAUUAUGAUGUUAGGUACCAGUCUCAUUUUAAGUAUGAGGCUAAUUGGACCAAGGAGGAGGGGUGCAGUGACACAAUUGCUUUAGCUUGGCAAAGGGGGGUUGGUUUGUCGAGCCAUAUUGGAAGGUUGCAAAGGAAAUUGGAGAUAUGCAGUAAGGGACUUAAGAAAUGGAGCCGAAAUUUAAUCAAAGAUAGAACAACAGCUAUUAAAGAGAAGUUCAAAGAGAUCAAACAAUUGCAAUCAUAUGAGAGGGUUGAUAAUAUGGGAGUUCUCAAAAGAUUACAAAAUGAGUUGGGUUUCUUACUUGAUCAGGAAGAUGUAAGAUGGAAACAAAGGGCUAAAACCCAUUGGUUGGUACAAGGGGAUAGAAAUACUAAAUUCUAUCGUGCUUGCGUUAAUCAAAAAAGAAAAAAGAAUUUAAUAAAGAAUGUAGUGGAUGGGGAAGAAUUCACAAGAGAAGAUGUUGAAGCAGCUUUAAAACAAAUGUCACCCUUCAAGUCUCAGUGCCAGAUGGUUUUAGAGCAGUUUUUCCAAGAUCAUUGGGGAAUUGUUGGCUCUGAUGUGGUCCAAGCUAUACUUGAUUUUCUUAGUAGUGGGGUUAUACCUUGA